AUGCUAAACAAAACAAGAAAAAGACCACUAGUUUUAGAUCCAAUUAAUGAUGAUCCCGUAAAGUUUCUUCGUCAAUUUCGAGAAUCUGUUGCUAUUAAUUAUCCAGAUGAAGUUUUUCAAUUUUCUAUUACAGAAAAGUCACGAGCUAUUCUACGUGAACAAAUAAGCAGACAUCGGUUCAGUAUUUUAUCUGCAACUGAUCGUUCCGAGUAUUUAUUAGUUAAAUAUAAACUUGAUCAAUUGAAACAUUUAAAUGAUUUAAUUGAUCAAGAGUAUAUCAAACAGAUUUAUAAUGAUUGUAUUCGAUAUAUAAUUAAACAUCUCUCGGAAGAGUAUGAAAAAGGUGUUUCAUAUAUGAAUCGUUGUCUAAUGAAUCAAACAAUUUUGAGUAAUGAAGAUAUUUGUCAGUAUCAAUCAUAUAUUGAUCAUGCUAAGUUAGCAGAUGAAUUAAGAGAAUCUCAUUUAAGAAACGAAGUCGUUCAUAGUACUGCAUUUAUACAAUAUGUAAAUCAACAAAUAGAAAUAAUGUUUAUAGAACUAAAAGAAAAAGAAAUCAAUGAUCCAUUAUUAAGAAUAAUUCUAGACAAAAUAAAACUUAUUUCAAAUUCGAUUUCAGAUAUUGAUCAAGAGAAAUAUAAAAAUAUUUGUCAAAUUCUCGUUGAAAAACUCGAAUUAGUAAUUACUUCUUUUAAAAGUUCAGUGUUGUCUAAUCAGUUUCAUCAAUGUAUUAGUGAUAUUACAAAAUUAUAUGAUGCAUUAACUAUUUUACAAGAUCAUUUAGAUUAUGAAGAUAUGAAAAUAAAAUAUGUUCAAAUGAAAGAAUAUUUUCUUAAAUAUUUAAAUGAUUCUGUAAGAAAAUUAAAUCCUUUGUUUAAUCAAGAAAAAUUACAUAAAAAUAAUAUAGAUAGUUUAAAUAAUUGUGUUUGUAUGUUAGAACUUGUUAAGAACACAUUUGCUUUUCAACUACACAUUUCGAAAGAAACAAUCGAUGAUAUUUAUGAAAAUUUUUUAUUGAAAAUUUUAAAUUAUUUCGAAGAAAUUAUUAAAAAAAUAAAUAUUGAACUAAAACAUGAAAAUAUAUUUCAUAUAUUAGAACAAUUCUUAAUUGAAUUAGAUUCAAUUAGAAUAAUUUCUAUUAUUGAAUUUAAAACAACUCGAUCUUACUAUAGUAUAUUAGGAAAAAUAAUUGAAUAUUUACAUCAAUCAAAAAGAGAUGUUGAACAAUUAUUAACAGAUUUAUUUCGACAAGAAGAAAAAGUUAAUUAUGAUAAACUCAUAAAAUGUCUUCUGAGUUUAAAAAAUACUCAAUGGAUAGAAAAAUAUCGAACUGGAGUAUAUUCAGAUGUUAUGAGUGAUAUUGAAGAAAAAUUUAUUGAACAUAUCAAACAAAUGAAAAUAUCUCUCAUGGAAAUGACUUUAGAUCUUGAUAGUUAUAAUAAAAUCGAUUUAGCAUAUAAAAUAGUAUUGAAAAUAAAUGAAAUAAAAGAUUUUGAAAAAAUUUUUAUCGAUAUAAAUCAAUAUUUAGUUGAAAUUAAUUCUUUAUUUGAAAAUAUGAUAAAUAAUGUUUGUAUUAUUAUUAAAGAUUCAUUUAAUAUAGAAAAAUUCAAAGAACAAGAAUAUAAAAGUUUCGAUUUUAAUAGAGCUGAAAAAGCAUUUCAUUAUUUGAAUACUUGUAAAAAAAUUCGAAUUUCAUUUAAAAAUAAUUAUAUAUUUGUAUUAAAUAGUUUAGAAGAAUAUAUCAGAUACUAUAGUAAUUUUAUUCGAAAUGAAAUGGAAAGUUGUUUUGAAAAUAUCAAACAAUUUCAAAACACAAAUAAUGAAGAGCUAUUAGACAAAGUUCGUAUACUAUCAACACGUCUUCAAGAAAUUCAUGAAAUUAAAAUAACAUAUUCGUAUGUUUUUUCUUGUUUUUUCAAUCGAAAAAUUUUUGAACAAUGGCAACAAGAAUUAUCGAAUUAUCAAACUGAGUUAAUAGAUGAAAUGGAAAAAUUAUGUAUUAUGGAUCAAACUUCGAUUUUAAAGAAUAAACUAUUAAUUGUAAGAGCAUUAAGUAGAUUAGAUAGUUUUUUAGAAGGAGAAAAAUAUAUUGAUAUUUAUUUUAAAUAUCAAAAUGAAUUUCUUUCUAAAAUGAAUGAUACAUCUAAAAAAGUUCGAGAUGCUAUUCAAAAAUAUGAUUAUGAACAAGUUACUUAUGAAUUGACAAAAUUUAAAUUAUUAGGUGAUAUAGGAGAACAUCUUUUUAAACAAGCUAAACAAGCACUUAACCGAAGCUUAGUUCUCUUCAUAGAAGAAACCAACGAUCAAGUGAUAAUGCUUGGAACUAAUCUAGAAAUAGAACGAAUAAAAUUAAUAAUAGAAAAUUUAAAUCGAAUACAAAAGGCAAAACAAUUUGUAUUCCAAUAUCUUGAUACGCCAGAUGAACUAGAUAAAUGUAUAACAGAUAUUAAAAUAAUGAUUGAAGAACGAUUAAAACGUUUCUUAGAAAGAGUUAAAGUAUUACUCAUUAAUAUCAACAAUUUCUAUGAAGUCGAACAAAAAAUGGAAUAUAUAAAUUCAGUACGUAAUCUUUUAGGUAGUUAUUGUACAAAAGUGAUUUUUGAUGAGAUUGAAACAAUACAAGAACGUCAAGAGCAUGUUAUAUCAGUUGAAGUAGUUCAAAAAUAUUCAGAUAUGAAUAUUGAUAUCUAUGUUUUAAAUCCACCAAUAGAUAUUUUUGAAAAAUUUGCAGCAGUUAAGAACAUAAAUCCGAUAUAUAAUCAAACUUUAAAUAAAAUAAAAGAAAAUAUUGUUAGUAAAUUUAGAAAAGAAUUAGAACUAGCAAAAUUAUUAAUACCUCCAAAUCCGAAAAAUAUUCAUAUAAGAAAAUUUGAAUGUGCUAUUAAAUAUUUACCAGAAGACAUGAGAAAUAUUCUUGAAUUAGAACUAAAAUAUUGUAAAGAUGAUAUUAAUUUUAUGAUACAACAACAACAAAAUCAUAAUGAAUUUCAAAAUUUGAUAAGAAGUGAAGAUUUAAAACCUAUCAAAAAUCUUCAACAAUAUCAAAAUUCACAAAGUAUACAAUCUUUAAUUAGUCAGACUCGAGAACUUGUUUUAACACAAGUACAAGAAAUAACCGAUAAAAUAGAUCAACAUGUCGAACAAGAUGAUAUCAAUGAAGCAUUAAUAGUUGUAAAAAUUCUAUAUGAAUAUAAAAAUGAAUUAGAAACUAUUGUUACAUAUGUUAGACAACCAUAUUUAAUAGUACAAACUCAAAUAAAAAUGAAAUUUGAGAAUGCAUAUCUUUAUUUUAUGAAUCAAUUUUUACAAAAUAAUACAUCUGAGAUAACUAAUGAAAUAGUUGAAACUAUAGAGAAAAGUUUUCUAUAUUUAAUCGAAUUUAUCAAAUUCAAAAAUAAAUUAAAAGAUCAAUCUAUUUUAACUCAUAUAUUUCCAGAAGAUUUCAAUGAAAAAUUAAUCGUAUUAAAUAGAAAAACUACAGAUUAUUUUAUAGAACUUCAGAAAACCUAUGAAGAUGGUUUGAAAAACAUCGAUAUUUCAUCUCUGAAAGAAUUAUUAGAUUUUAUGCAUAAGUGGAAUUUAUUAUUUAUGAAAAUGAAAAAUAUUGUUCGAAUACAUAAUAUUAAUGAUAUUGUAGUAAAUAGUAUGAUGAAAGCAAUUACAGAUUUGACAAUUUAUUCACAUAUGUUACAUAAUGUAUCUCAAAAAAUUCAAGAAUUAGAAGAUGAAUUCAUUUAUCAACAACUUAUUAAUAAAGAGACUAUAGAAUUUUCUCAACAACGAGAUAAAUUUUAUAGAAAACUCAAUGAUAAAUUUUUCAUUCUAGAUAAAACUAAAUUACUUAGUAAAUAUGAAUUAAAUAUUGAUGUAAAUCUAGUUAAACAAGAAUGUUUGAAAUCAUUAGAAAUAAAAAUUACAAAAAUUUUUAAUAGUACACAGAAAUUUUUAAGAAAAUUUUCCGAAGAUUCUCAUUUAACGAAACAAGAUUAUAAGAAUUUUAAUUUAUACUAUUGUAAUUUAUUAUCAUUUCGACGAGAAAUGAAAGAAAUAGAUUUUAAUAUAAAUGAACAAAUUGAUAAAAUUGAAAAAAUAAUUUUCGAUAAAAUUUAUACAUGGACAUAUAUAAUUGAAUUAGAUUCAUCAAUUUCAAAUAUUUCUCUAAGUUUAAUUAAUAUGAAACGUAUUUCAAAUAAUAUUUCAUUAUUUAAAUUUAAAAUAAAUCGAAUUCUUGAACAAGUAUUAAAUCAUUAUAAAAAUAGAACAAAAGGCACUAUGAAUUUUUCAAAAUUAAGUGCUAUUUUAAAUCAAGAUGUAAAUGGUAUAGGUCAAAGUAUUGUUACCGAAAAUAAAACAUUUCAAGGUUACAUAUUAUCAUUGUUUAAUGAAAAAACUCAAACAUACGAUAUUGAUUAUGUAUUAAAAAAUUUGAAAGGUGAUUCUAUUGAUAUAGAUCAAUUAACAAAACGAUAUCGAGAAUUUCAAAAUAUCUAUGAUGAUUUAAUUAAAAACUAUCUUAGAAUUAAUAUCGAACUAGAAAUAUUAAUUGCCAAUACGAAAUCAAUUGCUAGAAAUAUUAAACAAACAUCAAACAUUAUCAAAUGGGAUUCAAAUGUAAGAGAUAGAAUUCCAAAGUUAUUAGCAUUUAUUUUUGCUUUAUGGACACUUCAAAAUGCAAAUUAUUAUUUUCAAGCUGGAGAUGUAACAAAUAAAAAUAAUUAUCUUCUUAAGCCUCAUGCAGCUCAAAUAGUUUCAAUAUUACGUAUGCUUGGUAUAGGUGAUAAUAAAGAAGAAUUAAGAAAUAAUUUAGUACAAAUAGGAACUGGCGAGGGAAAAUCUAUAAUAUUAGGAGCCAUAGCUACAAUAUUUGCAUUGCUUGGUUUCGAUGUAAGUUGUGUAUGUUAUAGUGAAUAUUUAAGUGAAAAAGAUUACAUAAAAUUUUUACCAAUAUUCGAUUCAUUAGGUUUACUCCAAUAUAUUCACUAUGGUACCUUUAAUAAACUUUAUGAAGAUAUAAAUGGUAAUAUUCGUCAAAUAGUAGAACAAUUUAUAUCAAUUGGUUCUAAUAAUACUAUACGAAAUAAUCAACAUGAUGAACGUACUAAAAUAUUACUGAUUGAUGAAGUUGAUAUUUUCUUUAGUCAAGAUUUUUUUGGUAAUGUCUAUAUACCAUCAGUUAGUUUGCGAGAUCCUACUAUUACAUCACUAAUCAAUUUUAUUUGGUCACAAAGAAAAUCAAAUUUAAAACUCAAUCAAGUAGAAACUACAGUUGAAUAUAAAGCUUGUUGCAAUAGAUUUCCAAUUUGGGAAAAAUUGAUUCGAGAAGCGGUUAAAGAUAUCAUUUAUGAUAUGUACAAUUUUGAAUCCCAUAAUUAUAUUGUUAAAGAGGAUAAAAUUGGAUAUAUCGAACAGGAUAAUAUUGUAUAUAAUGUUGUUUAUGGUUAUAAAACUUUAUUUGCAUAUUAUUAUGAGCAUGAAAAAGGUAAAAUAACUAGCAAAAGUUUAGAAGAAAAAAUAAGUUUAAGAAUAAAAUGUGGUAAUUUUUUAUAUGCUCAGAUACCACUUCAAUUUACAUACAUAAUGGGUGUUACAGGAACAUUAAAAACUCUAAGUGAUUCUGAAAAACAAAUUAUACAUGAUGCGUAUUAUAUCAAAAAAAAUACAUAUAUUCCUUCGAUGUUUGGUAGAAAGAAUCUUAUGUUUAGAGUAAAAGAUGAUAUCAUAAUUGAAAAUAGUAUUGAUUAUUUUAAUGCCAUUAGAAAAGAAAUCGAUGAUAGAUUAAUAGGAAAAUCAUCAGAAAAACGUGCUGUAUUAGUCUUUUUUGAAUCAAAACAAAGAUUAAAAGAAUUUUAUGAGUCAAAAGCUUUAGAAACAAUAAAACAAUCAGUUGCUUAUUUAACAGAAGAAUCAUCUUCAGAAGAAAAAGAAAUUAUAAUUAAACGUGCCACUUCAUCGGGUCAAAUAACUUUAUUCACUAGAAUUUUCGGUAGAGGAACCGAUUUCAUAUGUUAUGAUCCAAGUGCUACUGCAAAUGGUGGCACUCAUGUCAUUCAGACAUUCCUUUCGGAAGAGUGGUCAGAAGAACAACAGAUCAAAAAUAGAACUGCGAGACAAGGUGAUUCUGGAUCUUAUAGUAUGGUGUUACUUGAUUGUGAUUUGGAGAAAUUUCUCAUUCAGAAGGAGGAUAUUGAAAAUGUUAAAAAAGGUAGACAAAUACAAGUUUGUUUCUCGGAGACGUCUACUUCGACAAAAUCCUAUGAUACAGUGUACGAUCUUCUUCAUGAUAAACGUACUGCUUUAUUCAAAACACAGUAUAAAGUCCAUACAAUAUUUAUUCGACAAAUGGAAGAAAGAUGUGUGGCUACGAAAAAAUUUCUCUCAAGUCUUAAUUCUGGAGAUGUCGAUUCUGUUAGAACAUUUUUAGAAAAAGAAAAUAAAGGAACGAAUACUAUUUCACAUCAGUCAUGA